GCAGAAGAUUUCUCUCCGCCUGUCGAGUCAAGCGGGUCUGUUCUUCUCCGCCUCUUGAUCUCUGCAACUCUCCCGUUCCAUUUCCACCCAACCAGACCGCCGCCGGCGAGCGGCCUCCACACCUCCACCUCCGCCUCCCGCUUCUUCCUCCCUCGCUCGCCCGGCUCCGGCGUCUCCUGUCCGCACCGCAUGCCCGGAGCCCCCGUGCGCUCGUUCUCCCCCAACAUCGACCCCCUCGACUGAAGCAAACCCUAGCCUCCUGCGCGCCUCGUGCAAAUGGAUGCGGGGGGUCCUAGCCCGAAGCGGAGGAGAUCGGCCUCACCCGGUGCGGAUGAAGACGGAGGAUGCGCCGACUACAUCAGCGCCCUCCCCGACGUCUUGCUCGGCGAAAUCAUCUCACUCCUCCCCACCAAGGACGGCGCCCGCACCCGAAUCCUCGCGUCCCGGUGGCGCGACCUCUGGCUCUCCGCCCCUCUCAACCUCGACUGCCGCGAGCUCACCGCCGGCAGGUACGAAGUCCGUUCGGACGUCGUCUCGCGCAUCCUUUCCUCCCACGGGGGGCCCGGCCGCCGUCUCUACGUCAACACCCACAUCCACAGGAUACCGGCAGACACCGUGGAAGCGUGCCUCCGAUCCACCGCUCUGGACAACCUCGAGGAGCUUGAUUUCAUCAACUAUCGGUCAGAGCAACCGCAGCGGGCAUUGAUCUUCCGCUUCUCGCCCACCCUCCGCGUUGCCAACAUUGGUGGAUGCAACCUCUCGGACGUCAACUUCCAUGAGCUCAACCUUCACUUCCCCCUGCUUAAGCUGCUCGGUCUUCUAAAUGUCACCAUCUCCGAGUGCUCGCUGCAUAGCCUGAUUGCCGGGUGCCCCGCUCUCGAGUGCUUGCUGAUUGACAUGUGCGUUGGCUUCCGCCGCAUCCAAAUAAACUCCCCAACUAUUAGGUGCAUGGCUGCCCGUGUGACACAAUGUGGGAUACCGGUUAUGACAGAUUUACCGCAGCUCGAACAACUCGUCAUUGAGAAAGCUCCUUGUCUUGUGAGGCUGCUCUUUCAUAGAGGCACUGUUCUGCAGGUAUCGGUACUCGCAGCUCCUAAAUUGGAGACUUUAGGCUUUGUUAGUAAUAAGUACGGUUCAGGUGAAUUCUCCAGAUUCACGAUUGGCUCCACUGUUAUUCUGGUAAGCCCUGUUGUUUCUCAGUUGCAUUUCCAUGUUCAGAAAAAAAAAUACCCAUCACCUGACUUGUGCAUUGGCCUGAUAUUGUUGCUUUCAUACUUGAUAAAGGGAUUGUCUGUUGAUACCCUGAUAACAGUGGUAUACACCGUCAAGAUUUUAGCUCUUGAGAUGCACAAUCUUAGUUUGGAUACUGUUAUUGAGUUGAUGAGAUGCUUUCCGUGCUUGGAGAGGUUGUACAUUGAGUCAGUUCAAUCAAGACCGGGGAAUUUGUGGCGUCGCAAACACCGGAAUCUGAUGAAAUGUUUUGACACGAGUCUGAAGACGUUAGUGUUACAACCGUAUCAGGGGAAGAGGUCACAAAUCAACUUUCUUACAUUCUUUGUAUUGAACGCGAAAGUGCUGGAGUCGGUGACACUUGGCAUCAAAACCAGGAAUAACAAUGAGAAGUUCUUGGCAGAACAACGCACCAAGCUUCAGUUAGAGAACAGGGUUUCCAGAGAUGCUCAGUUUCAUUUUAGAACUCGUUGUUGUGUCGGCAGCUCUUAUGAUAUCGAGCAUAUCCGUGAUUUGGAUUUAACUGAUCCAUUUGCACAUACGAGCUAGUUGUUCUUGCCGGUUGGCCUAUUCAUUUUGUGUCUUGUCAAACCUGAGUAGAUAGCAUGUUUGUAGUACCUUUUGAGUUUGUAUCGUCUGGUAGACUGGUACCUUAAUAGAAUUCGGGAGACUAUUUUUUA